AUGUCUAGCAUAGUGAUCAAACUCGGCUCUCUCGUGGUUAAAACCCUCUCGAAGCCAAUUGCGAACCGCAUCAAGGCUCAAGCCCGAGAACACGAGACAUUCCGUCGUGUCUGCGUCAGCUUCGCGCAGGGUAUACAUCGAUGGGAUAUGCGAUUUCGGCUUGGACUUCUCCAAGAUAGUGCAGCACUCGAGAAACAAGCCGCCCGGGAAGCUGCAGAAGCUCAGGCGAAGAAGCACAAGUUCGAAGCUCCUACAGUCAAGACAGAAGCCCAGACAAAGGCCGAUGAAGCAUCUGAAAACCGGUCUAAAGACGGCCUCGAUAAGGCUAAAGAGCAAAGAAAGAAGCCAAAGAUCCGGCCUCUAUCCGAAGCUAAAGCUAUUGAUUUGGGUUCGAACUUUGUCUCUGAGUCCUUUCUCUUCAUCGUUGGAGUCAGCCUGGUAUUCUUCGAAACAUACCGCCGAAGCAAGCAGGAAAGCUCGAAGCGAGAAGAUGUUGCCGAUCAAAUUGAGAAACUGGAGAAUCAAGCGAGAUUGUUCAGGAAGGCUUUCGUGGAUUUAGAGAGAGAGACCUUGAAAACCACCGGCACAGGCCUAACAGGCACCCGGAGAAUCUUGCCGAGGGAGGUCUACGAGCUAGAAGAGGAGGAUGAAAAGGAGGGCAAGCCGAAGGGCUGGCUGUCAUGGUUUCAGGGAUUAUACCGACGAGAUGUCCAAGCAGACGAAACGAAGCCUGAGCCACUGGUCAGAGUGCCUCAAAGCAAUCCUCAAAGCACGUCCUCCGUGCAGAAUGCUACAACCUUGAGUGACUCUAAGUCUACAAGUAUCUUAAGCAAAAUACUACCAACGGCUCACAAGGACGACACCGCGAACAACACCCAGCAGCUGGGAGUAAGCCCCAAGAAUAAGACGACUGAAAUCAACAGUCCGCCCAGAGAAGGCGGUUCGAAAUCAUGA